AUGAAAAAUAGGACCAUAUAUGCGGAGAUUCUGAAAUUCCUAUCCCGCAAAAAGGUUAAAAAUAACUUUUAUUUCCUCUUAUCUCUCACCCUCUCCACUAUCGCAUACACGACGCUCUCAUUAUAUCCCCUGUAUCCAUAUUUCGAACGGUCACUUGACGAAACACUCAAAAACUUUAACAAAACUGCGCCUAAGUCCCUAAAAUUAUCAUUUUUCUUGCAUUUUCUCUCAUCGGUGGUAUUGGUUGCAAAUCUUUGCAUGGUCCUACUACUGAAUAACACAAAAUUAAGUUUUCUAGCAAUCUUUUGGAAUAAUCUAUCAUUUGCUUCGAUUUUGGCUAUUUUUUCAAGCAUAUUGUAUACGUUUUCAUAUCCAAUUGUGACAGUACUGGGCAUCUCAUCAUCAAUCCUGAUUUCCACUUGUACCAAUCACUACAAACACAAAAUAAAAACUUUUAGUGGGAGCAAAAAUUACAAUAUUUUUGAUGCAACCAUAAUAGGUGCUAAAGAAAAUCAAAAGGAACUUAAAAGUGACCAAACUAAUACAGUAUCGAUCAAAAAAGACGCUUAUUGA